AGAACACAUGCAGGACAGUCAUCCAUUCCUCCUCUCCACACGUUUCUUAUUUGACUCCAUAUCACUGUGCCGCAUUCCACACAGGAGCCACCAGAUCCAGGGGGAACAGCUGCUCAACACACAUUCACACACACAAAGGUCACUACACUGACAAGAUGGUGGAGAAGCAAAUGCAAGGCUGCGAACUCCAAUCAGCGGAAAGCACCAGCCUGGAUGUCAACAGCAGUGUUCCUAAGAAUGUUUGGAUCACAUUUGUAGGUCCUGCAGCAAGAUCAGUGUCAGAAGCUCUCUCUGGGCCAAGUGUUGUAGUUCUGCAGGAAGUCCCGCGAGCAGAAGAAGUUACAGCACAAGGACAAGACACCGUGAAGAGGGCACAGAAAGGCAAUGAGUGCAGAGCUGUAAGAGGAGUAUUGAUGCCAAUUACAGGAGGAUUUCUGCAAGUAACUGAAAGAACCAGAGCAGAGACAGUGUCACCAACAAGGACCGUCAUCGCAGGAACAGCUGGAGCUCAAAAAUACAUUAAAGUGCUAAAAUCAUACCGGAUAGUCCUGCUGGGAAGAUCCAGAUCUGGGAAAAGCAGCCUAGCAAACACCAUAUUUGGAGAAGAGGUGUUCAAGAUACAUCAUAAACCCAUCUGUGGAACAAGUGAGUGCCAAGCUGAGUCCAGAUCCAUUCACGGAAGAAGAAUUACUCUGAUGGACACUCCUGGUUUCUUUAAUGGACCUGAGGAGGAGCUGAAGCUUGCGGAUAUUGUGAGGUGUUCCUCAGAGUUCACUCCUGGACCUCAUGUCUUUGUCAUUGUGCUUAAAGCAGACAAAUUUGCAGAGCAGGAGCAAGAUGUUGUCACUAAAAUAUGCAAGUGUUUCUCUGAUGAUGUUCUUAAAUAUGCUUUAGUUGUCUUCACGCAUGGUGACCAGCUCUCCAAAGGAAUGAAAUUUGAGGAGUUUGUGGAUCAGAAUGAAUUCCGAGCUGAUCUGGUGAAGAAGUGCGGCGGCCGAUGCCACGUUGUUGAUAAUCGAUACAACCAGCAGGGUGGCUACAGGAGCAAACAGUUCCAGGUGGAACAGCUGCUCAAAACAGUAGACAAGAUGGUGAUGGAAAACAAAGGAGGAUGCUACACUGAUAAGAUGCUGCAAGCAGAGAAAAGAGGAGUAGCUGGAAACAGGCCACAAAGAGACACCAGCAAUAAAGAGAUCAAUGGUGCCUCGAAGAAGAUGUGGAUCAAAUUAACAGGCCCUGCAGCAGAAUCUGUAGCGGAAAUACUCUUUGAGCCAACUAUUGUAGUUUUGCAGGAAACCAGAAAAGAAUCAAAGGGAGCAGCAGGAGAAGGAGAUGUAGGUGCAGGUGGUACCGUAGGAGCAGGAGGUGCAACAGGUGCAGCAGGAACAGCAGGUGCAGGAGGUGCAUUAGGUGCAUUAUUUGCAUGGGUUGCAGCAGGUAUAGGUGCAGCUGUGGCAGCAGUUGCAGGAGGUGUAGCAGCAGGUAUAGGUNCAUCCACAAAAUACAGUCAUGAUCAAACACCCCUAUAG